UAGACUAGACUCUGCGCAAGAUCAGUCUGCUGCCAAAGAAGCGAGAUGGCCCGGCUGUCUUUCGUCCCCAUCUCCCUGCUGCUGCUAGCUAGCCUCGCUGCCGCCGGCGCCGGUGCCGCAGCAGCUGCGGAUCCAGGGGAAAGGGGCCCCAGGAUCAGCACGCAGUACGCGAGCGAGGAGGAGUCCCGGUGGCUGGACCGCUGGACGGAGAAGCAUCUGGCGGCCCAAGGGUCCGGCCAGCCCAUCGAGAUUCAGCCGGGCACCGACGAGGAGUCGGCGCAACUGAGCCGCAUGUUCCCCGGCAACGCCUACAUCGGCCACAUUGAGUAUGACAAGGACCAUCCUUUUGGCAGGAUCGUCGUGGAUGCCUUCCACUCCAAAGCUCGCCAGGCGAAGCCGAACGAUGGUCAGGAGGAGUCUCGCUCUCACGCCGAGCAUGACGUCAAGGAUCUUUAGGGGCAUUGGCACCUAGCCGGUGAGGCCGGCCAUAUCCAUGACCUUGUCGAUGGACGGAAUAACGGAGGAUGACUGAGUUCAUGUCGUGCAUCAUUAGCCUGUUUUAGUAGCUCGUUAGGGAGUCGCAGCCAGUACUACGGGGUUUGUCCUCAGAGAGAUUAGUCGAGUCAUUGUCUACUGUCUGGUAGUAGUAGUAGUAAUUCUGGUUUAUUCUGCCCUGUGGUGUGCUCUCCAUUUGCAAUUUGUCUUUGUUUAGCGAAAAUCCAUUUGGUU